UUAAUAGUUGCAAGGGUAGUGAGAACAUGUGAUUGUGAACAGUGUUCUAACGAUAUAAACAAUGUUUGUUUUUAAUAUAAUUAUAAGUAUUUUGUUUAUUAUUCAUAGUAACUGUGAUGUGUUUCAUAUAAAGUCGUUGGUGGCAUUUCAACCCAAUGCCGCGACGGAUCAUUUCGGUUAUUCGGUUGUUUUAAAUAAUUCAGAGCUUUUUAUUGGCGCACCGAGAGCUAAGAACCGGUUCAACCCCAAUGUCACUACUGGUGCAGUGUUCAAAUGUUGGCUGAAUGAACUAAAUGUCAGUAACGUGACCUGCAGAUCACUGGGAAUUGACGAAGGUGCUCAGGAUAUCAGCUUUAGUAAAAUGGCUUCAUAUAAUUACUUCUUCAGGGAGGAUAUGUGGUUUGGAGCGACCGUUGCAACUGUACCAGCUGGAAAAUUAUUGGUCUGCGCUCCACGGUGGGCUGUGCCGUACAAAACUUCUCAUUUACUGUCGAACGGAGCGUGCUACAUUCAGGGACAGUUCCGCGCAGCUACCCUUUUCCCUUUGAAAGAAAUGAAUAGACAAGCGUUUAUGACAGAUGGACAGAGAAAAGAGUUCGGAGAAUACGGGACACAUCUUAACUUCUACGCGUAUGGGCAAGCCGGUAUAUCGGUGAAAGUAACAGGAAAUAAUAGUUUUAUUAUAGGCGCACCUGGUCUUCUUCAGUGGACGGGUGGUAUAGUGGAGUAUAAAUAUAUAACAGAUACACGCAGCAUUUUUGUUAACAAGCAACCCACAGCAAAUCCUUAUUACACCAGAGAAAUUGGCCCAGAUGACUAUUUGGGAUAUAGCGUAGAGUCUGGAGUAUUCGAGACGGAUGGCAAGAUUCUUUACGUCGCUGGCGCUCCACGAUCCAAAUCAGGUUAUGGACAGGUUCUUAUAUUUGAGCCCGUGUCACGCGAGACGGAUUCUCUCCACAUCAGAGCAAAGCUUUAUGGCCCCCAACUCGGAAGUUACUUUGGUGCCACGCUGUGCUGUACUGAUAUCAAUGGGGACGGUCUGGCCGACCUGCUGGUUGGUGCACCCAACUAUGUCCGCAAAAACGGCACACUAACGUACAAUCAAGGAGCUGUUUUUGUUUAUUUGUCUGAGAAACAGUUCCAGGAUAACGUAACUCUAAAAUCAGCUGGUUUCAUCAUGGGUUCGGGGGAAAAUGGUGCGCAUUUUGGACUCUCAAUCGCAGAUCUGGGUGACAUCGAUGAUGAUGGAUACACUGAUAUUGCAAUCGGGGCUCCCUGGGAGGACAAUGGAUCGGGUUCAGUAUACAUCUAUCGAGGUAGUAAAUCGGGCUUACAUGGUCAAUUCGUUCAAAGGAUUAAAGUCGCAGGCGCUAAAAGUUUCGGCUUCUCCAUAUCAAAAGGCAUUGACAUCGAUAAUAAUAAUUGUAAUGAUUUAGCAAUCGGUGCUUACAAAUCCAAUAUGGCGUUUCUAUUCAGAUGUGUUCCAACCGUCCACGUGGAAGCCAGCAUCAAAGUUCCGGAUGCAAUGGAUUUACAACCUAACGCCACUAACUUUACAGCACUGUUUUGUGUGGUGGCUGCUGACAGCGUUACGCCUCAUGUUAAAUUGGAUCUAAUAGCAACUAUAGCGAUAGACAGUGAGGACAAUCGCGCUAUGCUUGAUGGGGAUUCAGAGUACAAUGUAACAAUUAAGCCCGGUAACGAACUAUGCGAAGAACAAGUCGUGAAAGUACAUCCGACGGCCGAUUUAUCAAAACCCAUUUCAAUGAAAUUCAAUUUGACGGCAAUCGACGGGUUCCAAGACAGUUUAAUAUUUCCAUUACACGCAGCUCGUCUUUCUGAUGAAUCCAUAUUAGAUACCUCAUUUAAUAUUCAACUAACACGAGAUUGUGGUGAAGACUUAAUUUGUCAACCUCUAUUGAUUAUGACACUAGAAUCUUUACACAACCCGUACGUACCAGGCUCUGACGAUCGUCUAGGUCUCAAAAUCACGAUAAUCAAUACAGAAGAAGCAUCAUACGGUGCUGAAACACAUCUACAGCUGAUCUCGCCACCAAAAAGACUACCGAGUGCUUGCUACUUGGAAGACCGUAACGUGACCUGUAAGCUACCAUCACCGUUCUACCGUGGAGAGUUCGUCGAAUGGAUAAUUGAAGUAGAAUAUGCCAGAGAAACGAUGGUAUACGAGGAAAUAGGCAUAGAAGUGGAGUUACAUGUACCAUUUUAUAGAGGCACUAACAUGGAGAGACUUGUGAAGCAUUUGACAAUAUUUGUUACGCCGAAAGCUAGUUUUUCUGUUAGCGGGAAGCCGUUGCCAAAUACUACGAUGUCGGUUACGAGGGAUAAGUUUAAUGAGCGCGGCGGAGUGCAUUUUGUACAUUAUUUUGAGAUAACGAACUUUGGCCCAUCGGACUGGUUUAAUCUAUCUGGACAAAUUUUACUCCCUGAUAAGGUCAAUGUGUCCAACAAAAUUAAGGGCUGUAGUGAUGGCCCCACGGUUAAAUGCAUUUGGUCGAUUCCUGCCAAAGUUUCUCUGUCUGUACCUGUAUUUUUGUCCUUUGAUUUGGAUAAAUUUGGAGAGUUCCUUGCUGAAAAAAUAACACAUAAUAUAACAACGGCACUAAUACUACUGGACGGUCAAAAUAAGAAUGCUUCAAUAACUACUACGCUAGUAUUGGAACCAGUGCAGCCAAUCUGGCCGAUAAUUGUAGGAUGUGUCGCCGGGUUAUUAUUACUAGCUGUGAUAGUAUUUGUUAUGUAUAAGUAUGGUUUCUUCUUACGACAAAAGCGUGAUGAUCUCAAGAGACUCCAAGAAGAAUCGUGUUCUGAGGAAACAAACCAGGCCUGCGCGUCUUCAGUUGCUGAGGAGUCGACUGCGGAACUGAUUAGCGACUCUGAAUAAUUAUUCUAUAGAUGUAGAACAUUCUAGUCCUAUUAUGUUUAAGUACAAAGUAUAUGAAGACGCUAUUGUAAUAUUAAAAGUAUUCAAAUAUU